AUGGAACAUAACAGUUCAAAAGACUGGAAGUCUCGAAACAAUAUAGAUUGCGAAUUACAAGAUCUCAAAUCUGAUUAUCAUGGCUCUAGUCGUGGUCAGAUGGCUAAAGGUUACAACGAUUCCCAAGCUCAAGAGACAUGGGUAGAGGCGAUCAAGAAUAACCCGAAGGCUUUAGCGUGGUGCGGCUAUGCAUUAUUUACUUGUGUUAUGUGGGGCUAUGAUGGACUUGCAAGUAACAUUGUCCUCUCUAUCCCACAAUUUAGACAAGACUACGGCAAAUCUUAUGGAGACCAAUUCAUAAUAUCUCCUAUAUGGCAACUAGGAUUAGCAGGGAGUUCUCUUAUCGGUUUCCUGCUCGGAGGGAUAGGCGCUGGACUAGUCGCAAAGCUGUGGGGCCGUCAAGCCUGUCUUCUUAUCUCAUAUAUGUUUACAAUUGUUGGCGUUUUUCUUCAAUGGUUCUCGCCUGGCAACCUUCUUCUCUUAUGCGGUGGGAAGUUUCUCACAGGAGUACCCCUCGGCGUCUUCAUUACUAUUGCUCCAACUUACUGUGCCGAAAUUGCCCCCAUGGCUCUUCGCGGUGCAGUCACAUCUGCUGUAAACUGGUCUAUAGUUCUCGGUCAAUGUAUGGCCUAUGUUGCACUUCAACAAACUCAAAAUUUUAAAGGAAAAAAUGCCUAUUUAACAUUAUUCGCAAUCCAAUGGCCAUUCGCCAUAGUCGCCCUAGUAUUUCUUUACUGGUUUCCCGAGAGUCCUUAUCAUUUAGUUGCUGGAGGUAGGAUAAUACAGGCGAGAAAAAAUUCGUACAGGCUCCAUGAUAACAAAUUUGACGUUGACGGCUACAUUGCUAUGAUUCAAUUAGAUCUGGACUCUCAGGCGCAAGUAGAAUCUGAAGCUAGUUUCAAGGAAUGUUUUCGCGGCACAAAUAGGCUGCGGACUUUGAUCGCUAUAUCGACGUUUUUUGUCCAAUCUGUCAGUGGUGUCUCCUGGAUAAUCGGUUACAUGGCUUAUUUCCUACAACUUGGUGGGCUCAGCGUUCCCGAAUCAUUUAAUGCCACGGUUGGGCUCUCUUUUCUUUCUCUCAUUGGUAAUAUGGCUGGUUGGUAUUUUGUGGAAGCCUUCGGGCGACGAAACACAGCACUCUAUGGCUCUAUCUCGCUGUCAGGUUCUCUUUUUCUGAUCGGAAUCAGUUCAUUAGUACCUGGGGGCAUAUGGGCGCAGGUGCUCUUCAUGGGAGUCUGGUCAUUUCUUUUCCAGUCAACUAUUGGCUCGGUAUCGUGGCCUAUAAUUUCCGAAGUGUCGAAGUCUUCGUUGCGCGGACACACUCAAUCACUUGCUACUGUCACGCAAGGCGUUGUUGGUGCUAUUGGGGGCGUUCUAUUACCAUUUGCAGUCAAUCCAGACGCAGGUAAUCUAGGUGGUAGGGUAGCUUUUGUAUAUGGUACAGUAUUAGCCGCGAGUUGUGUUGGUAUAUGGUGGUGGUAUCCCGAAACGAAAGGUAGGACGUUCAGGGAAAUAGAGAGACUAUUUGAGAUGGGCGUCAGGCCUAGGGAUUUCAAAAAGACAGAAUUAGAGCCAGAAGAAGUAAUGUAA